UUGGGUACUUGGAUGUGCGGUGUACCUUCUGUUACUCUACAUUGUUUUACUUAUGAAGGUCGAAUCACUGUCUGGAUGAUGAGUGAACUACAUUUUACAUUUUUGAGUUUGUUGAGUUAUAUUGUCCAUGGACAAGCUGUAUCUGGAUGUGGCCAACCGGCUUCAGGGGCUCAUGCGGCUGGCACAAGGAGAAAACAAGCAACAACCUUAUUCUGAGUUGCUAUCAUUAUUUGUUAGUUAGCUACUAGAUCCAUUUGGUAGUAUUUUAUCAUCUUGCUGCUAGUAUGUGGUUAGAGAGGGCAUGUGAUCAUUAGUUGGAACUUGGCAGACUAGAAGAAUAUCAAUCAAUAUUGUCCUAGUCCCAUUCUCCUACCCUUACCCUUGUGGUGUGGUUGCCGGCUAUCAGCGAUGUCAUGCUGCUGAGGUUCAGGGCCAUCUAGACCAGAGUUUAUCACAACGAUAUAGUUCGCUACUGUGACACAGUUUGUUUUGUAGUGUAUCGAAUCCUCCUGCAAGACCCUUCUCAUGUUUAUCCUUACUGCAGGAGGCUUCUGGAUACUUCUUCUGCCUAGAGGACCGUGCACUACUUUGUAGAGACUGUGAUGUUGCUAUACACACAGUGAAUUCCUUUGUUUCAGUACAUCAGAGAUUCCUGCUAACUGGAGUUCAGGUGGGUCUUGAUCCUGCUGAUCCAGUUCCACCUAUUGCUGAAAAGCACGUUAAUGCUGCUGGUGGAUCAGUAAAUCAACCAGUGAGACAUCAGCCAAAGAGAAGCCCGACAGUUCAAUUUUCAGUUGAAGGGAGUGCUUCUGUUCCUACUAAAAAUGUAACAAAUGGAGAUUGUUCGAGGCAGAAUUUUGUCCCAACAGCCAGGGGAGAAGUGGUUGAUUGGACUAUGAAUAAUAGUACAAUUCGGUCAGUAGAAUCUCCGCCUAAGUACAUUUCAGAGGAAAGCCCGACACUUCUGCAAUCUAGCCAGACCACAACAGUCUUCUCCAACCAAAUUAAUGGCAACAGUGAUGGGGCCUACCACUUGUCAUUCUCAGGUGGUAAUGUGACAGACAGCCUACCAGAUUGGCCCGUGGAUGAGUUCUUCAGUAACUCAGAAUAUGGUCCAAACUUUGGCUUCUCCGAGAAUGGUUCUUCUAAGGGUGAUAACGCUAAGCUGGGGGGCGCUGGUGGAUCUCCACAAUGCCGUUUGGCUGAAGGCUCAGUUGCUGAGGAACUAUUAGGGCAGGUGCCUGGAUUGAUCACCGAUGAAUAUAUGAGCCGAGUACCUGAGAAUUCAUGGACAGUGCCUGAGGUUCCCUCUCCACCAACAGCCUCGGGGCUCAACUGGCACGGGAAUUUGUGUUUCCCUGCGUAUGACAGCACCAUGUUUGUUCCUGAAAUUACCUCCCUUCAGAACUCCCAAAGUCACUUCACCGUACCUUCCAGUUUCAAGCGCCGGAGAAGAGAGUACUGAGAGGCGACAAGAAGAUCACUAGACACCACUGUCCGGUCUAGGCUAUCUUGAGAAAGGCUUCUUGGUGGGCUAAAUGACGAAAGAAAAUAUCCAGGACUGGGUGGUCAUUCAAACAUCAACUGAGCUAUCCAGUAGCCAGGUUUUAAGUGUGUUGUAAUGCUUCAAUGUGUUUCAUUUUCCAAAGACCUGAGCUUCGCUUGUGAUUUGUUCCGAGCUGUACGGUGUCGAUUUUGUGUAUAUAAUAUAAUAUAACGAAAUAAAGGGUACCCAGUAUGAGUAUGAUCAUUCCGAAA